CUCGGGGGGUUGGAUUAGCCACACGUUGUGGUGAACCAGGAUAAAAUUCGGUGUGCGAUUUUGUUUUAAACGCUAUUCACCCCCCCUCUAGCGUUGGGCCUUUAUUCUAACAAUUGGUAUCAGAGUCAUACUCUCUGAAAGACUUAACCGUUUUAGAGAAACGAUCAAUGGCUUCUACUCAAAGUUCAUACGCAGGUUUAGGUGAAGGGGAAUCCACCACGAGGCCUCCAUUGCUUGAUGGAACAAACUACACCUAUUGGAAAGAGCGGAUGAGGAUUUACAUCCAAUCCACCAACUUUCUCCUUUGGAGAAUUAUCAAAAAUGGUGAGGACGUGCCAAUGAAGAAGGUCGAGGAAACCAACGUCCCUAAGACUGAGGAUGAAUAUGAUGCACAAGACAUCAAGAAGGUGGAAAACAAUGCCAAGGCCAUCAACAUCAUCUAUUGUGCCGUUAACCCGGAUGACUACCAGAAGAUUUCUUGUUGCACCACCGCAAAGGAAAUGUGGGACAAACUAGAAAUCACCUACGAAGGUACGGAUCAAGACGACAAAGAAAGCGCUCCCGCACCGGCAAGAACGCCGCCUUCUCCACCACCGGCGCACCAAUACCUCGACGGAUCUUUCUUAUGGUUCAACGACCGCGCAGAGGCGACGCAGUUCUCAGAGAAGUUUGAGCACCGGGAAAUUCUCCCUCCCCGAUUCUCCACCGCCCGCUUCAUUCAUGACUCCAUUCCACGUGAGGCACGGGUUAUCCUCGAACGUGGAAACUUCCUCGACCUCCUCUACAUCAAGAAGGCUCAUUAUCACCCCUUUCUUGUUCGAGCCUUCUACUCAAACUUGAAAAAGGAUGAGGACGGAGCUUUGAUCUCUAACGUCAACGGGGUGGACAUUUAUUUGAAUGAGGAAAACAUUCAAAUCCUCACCGGGCUUCGUCGAGAUGGACAGGAUCUCGGGCUCUAUGUCGGAGAAGAAGGAGCACGGUUCAAUGAGACCACUCUCUUGGAGGAAGUGGGCAUCCGACACUUCGUCCCCACUCCCCAACAGCGGCGCCCUACGAUUGCUUCCAUGAGUCCCGUGUUUCGAUUCAUUUUUUAUGUUUUGACACGGAUUCUCAAGCCUAGGAAGUUCAAUCACACCACUCUCUCCCAGGAGGAUACGAAGACAAUUCAUGCGAUGAUUCACAACGCCAAUCUCAAUUGGUGUAAAUUUGUGAUGACUCACAUGUUCACCGCCACCUCCGACAAUCGGCCGCUCCCCUACGCCCUCCUCGUCAUGGCGAUUCUUGAAGAGUAUAACAUCAAAACCGAUGUUGGGCCUAAGACAAAGGGGACAAAGCACUGGGAGAUUGACGAGUCUUCCUUCCACCCGGGAACCGAUGAAUCUACGUUCUCGCAGCCUCGUCCUCGCCGCCAACCGAGAGCCACUGCCUCAACUGCCACCACUUCGACCAAUCCUUCUAUCGCCGAGCAAAUGGCACCCUUGACAGCUACUCUCUCUCGGAUUGACACCAACGUCUCCAAAACGGCACACAACGUCAAUAUCUUGAGCCGUGAGCUUCACGGGUAUUUUGACUCUGUCAAUUACCCGUACGCUCAAAUGGUCCCCUACAUUCCUCCACCGAAUUUCGGAGGUGAACAGAGUGGGACUCAAAACGUUGGUAGGGACGACGCGGUGGACGAAGACGGGGGAGGAGAAGAAGAAGAAGGAGAUGAUGAUGAUGAUGAUGAUGAUGGCGAUGGUGAUGAAGAUGAAGAAGAAGAAGAAGACAUUGACGAAGAACAACUUCUCAAUGAUCUUUCUCCGGAUUUCUAGAGCUUUAGCUCUACUUUCUUCUAUUCCUCAUUUUAUCAUCUUUUAAUAUGCUUUCGUUAUGUACUCCGCUAUUUCCCUUAAUUAAUUAAUAAAAAUCUUUAUGAUUU